ACAGAAAAUGCCAGCUGAUAUAAUGGAGAAAAAUUCCUCGUCCCCGGUGGCUGCUACCCCAGCCAGUGUCAACACGACACCGGAUAAACCAAAGACAGCAUCUGAGCACAGAAAGUCAUCAAAGCCCAUCAUGGAGAAAAGACGAAGAGCAAGAAUAAAUGAAAGUCUGAGCCAGCUGAAAACACUGAUUUUGGAUGCUCUUAAAAAAGAUAGCUCGAGGCAUUCCAAGCUGGAGAAGGCGGACAUUCUGGAAAUGACAGUGAAGCACCUCCGGAACCUGCAGCGGGCGCAGAUGACGGCCGCGCUAAGCACAGACCCGAGCGUGCUGGGGAAGUACCGCGCCGGCUUCAGUGAGUGCAUGAACGAGGUGACCCGCUUCCUGUCCACGUGCGAGGGCGUUAACACCGAGGUGCGCACCCGGCUGCUCGGCCACCUGGCCAACUGCAUGACCCAGAUCAACGCCAUGACCUACCCUGGGCAGCCGCACCCAGCCUUGCAGGCGCCGCCACCGCCCCCGCCAGGACCCGGAGGUCCGCAGCACGCGCCGUUCGCGCCGCCACCGCCACUGGUGCCCAUCCCCGGGGGUGCGGCGCCCCCUCCCGGCGGCGCGCCCUGCAAGCUGGGCAGCCCGGCUGGAGAGGCGGCAAAGGUAUUCGGCGGCUUCCAGGUGGUCCCGGCUCCCGAUGGCCAGUUUGCCUUCCUCAUCCCCAACGGGGCCUUCGCUCACAGCGGCCCGGUCAUCCCAGUCUACACCAGCAACAGCGGGACCUCCGUGGGCCCCAACGCAGUGUCGCCUUCCAGCGGCCCCUCGCUCACGGCGGACUCCAUGUGGAGGCCUUGGCGGAACUGAGGGG